CUGAACAUGGCCAGCCCACCUACUGAGACCCCAGAAGGCUACACCGACUAUUACCCCGAUGACUUAGAAAGCUUUGUGGCCUGCGAGAAGGCCGACGUCCGAGCGUUCGCACAGACCUUCCUGCCCAUCUUUUACGGAGCCUUGUGUGUCUCGGCCUUUGCCGGUAACGGCCUUCUGGUGUUCGUCUUGGUGCGGCGCUCGAAGCCAAUGGCCUCCGCGGACCUCUACCUGCUGAACCUGGUCAUCUCGGACCUGCUCUUUGCGUCCACGCUGCCCUUCUGGGCCGUCUACGUCAGGCUCGACUGGAUGUUCGGAGACGCCGGCUGCAAAGCGCUGACCGCCAUGUACAACGUGAACUUCUACAGCAGCGUCUUCUUCAUCUCGUGCAUGGGCCUGGACCGAUACCUGCAGAUCUCCUACAGGGGCUUCCGUGGUGGGGCCGGGGCCGCGGCCGUCUGUGCGGUGGUGUGGACCGUGUCGCUGCUGGCCUCCAUGCCGGACUGGGCCUUCGCCAAACUCCAGGUCCAGAACGGCCAGCGCAUCUGCCUGCACGACUACGGGACGGAGCAGACGGCGCUCUGGAGAAUCCUCCUCAGGUCCCGCAUCAACGUGCUGGGCUUCAUGCUGCCGCUGCUCCUCAUGGUGGGCUUCUACUGCCGCCUCUACUGCCUGGUGGGGACGCAGGGGGCUCGGGCCUUCAGGCUGGUCCUUGCGCUGCUGCUCGCCUUCUUUCUGCUGUGGUGUCCCUACAAUGUCGUCUUGGUCCUGCUCACUCUGCAAGAUCUGCACGUCCUCCUGCACUGCGACACCAGCCGUCGCCUGGACUUCGCCCUGCAGCUGACGGAGAGCCUCGCCUUGGUGCACGUCUGCCUCAACCCGCUGCUCUACGCCUCCGUGACCAAGACUUUCCGCAGGAGACUCGGCCACAUCUUCAAGUCCAUGCUGGGAAGACGGGCCGAGCGCUCGCUGGAGGUGACCUGCACCGGCCCGUCUACGCUGCACGACGAGGUGGCACAGGAGCACGAGGACACGGUGUGACGCAAUCGACGGACAU